CGUUAUCACAGAGUAGGUGUUUACAUGCGCAUAGUGCACGCACGGUGCUCGGACGAAACUGUCGCGCGCGAGACCACAAAUAAACCCAAAACAAACUAUUUAAAAGAUAUGUGAACGUGCAGUGACCAUGCCGCUGCCGGAACUUAUCAAGAGGGCCUCCAGCUACUUCCUCGGGCUGGAGUUCGAUGACAACGAGGAGCCACACGAUUACGUCGACAACGAAAUACUGUUUUGCAAGAACAACGUGUGCGUGCAUCCGCCGACCAUUGCUCGCCACGAACUCGACAUCAUCCAUUAUCCUGGGUACCUUACAGUAACCACCAAGGUAUUCACUGACCAACAUAAUAACACAAAACGGCCAACGCUCUUUCUAAAUUGGAUACCCAAUUCCACGCUGCGGAGAUGCCCUUCCGCAGUAGAAACUAGUCCUAGCGACGAAAUUGGAUGUGUAGUGAAUAAGUCUGCGACUCCUAAAGAAAUACCGAAACCUCGACGCGAAAUCAAGGCGACGAAAGUGGAUGCUAACAACGAAAAUGCAUUCUCCGAUUCAUCAGAAACUACUAGUCUUAACUCUAACUCUGACAAAUUAAGCGUUAAAUCGUCCGACACCAGAUAUACGCAGAAUGACACAACACAGGACGAGUUAUCGUCGAGCUCUAAGCCGACCGUGAAAUCAAUAGACUCAACAAAAGAUAACGUAUUUAGUAGCUUUGAAAAGGACGAAUCUAAAGAUGAAGUAUUUAAUGACAAACAUGUUCGGUCACAAUCUAUGACUUCUGUAAAUAUAACUAUCGCCAACCCCAAUAUUGAGAACGUGGACCUUACUCCCGAUUCCAUUUCGGGGGACAAGUUUAUAAGGUCAUUGUCGAUGAGUUCUUGUGAUGAGGGGAAUCCCAAUUGGAUGAGCACACCAGAAUUCCUGGCUUUAAAGCACAACUUGGUGUUUCCAGAUAGCGUGCAUAGCUCACCUGUGCCGCAGCGACGAUUGCCUAUGAAAUGUCGAAGGUUUUCGGUGGACUUGAGCCAGAUGCGCUCACUGCGACUGUUCUUCAACGACGACAACUGCACUUGCGGGCAGCUGGUGGUAGCUUCCCGGGAGUCGCAGUAUAAGAUUCUACACUUCCACCAUGGGGGGUUAGACCACCUAGCGCAAGUCCUACAUCGGUGGCAUUCCCUGCUGCAUAACAUUAAACUGACGCCAGGGUCAGAGGAACCAAACUUACCUUAUCGUCAUUUCAUGGUCUGCCGUCCCGAGGUACAAAAAUCGGAACAGCAUCCCGAAGAAGGCAAACCUCCGAAAAUCACCCCCGAACUGUUCUAUGGGAAAAUCAUGAACAGCAAAGGAGUUAUCGAAGACGAUCUGUUUCUGAGGAAAUGCAUAUUUUUCGGAGGUCUUGAUAAGGAACUGAGGAGGGAGGUGUGGCCAUUCUUGUUGCACUGCUAUCCGUAUAAUUCAACGUAUGAUGAAAGGGAAAUAAUACUGCAAAUUAGAACAAGGGAAUAUGAGGAAAUAACGCGAAGAAGGUUGGAGAAGAUGACGCCUGAGCAGCAUGCGGUGUUUUGGAAGACAGUUCAAUGCGUCAUAGAGAAGGAUGUAAUAAGAACUGAUAGAGGGAAUCCGUUCUUCGCUGGUGAAAACAAUUACAAUGUAGAGCUAAUGAAGAACAUUUUGUUGAAUUACGCUGUUUAUAACCCGGUUUUGGGGUACACCCAGGGCAUGAGCGACCUAUUGGCACCGGUAUUAUGUGAGAUACAGUGCGAAGCUGAAGCAUUUUGGUGCUUCGUAGGGCUGAUGCAGAGGGCCAUCUUCGUAUGCACACCCACCGACAACGACAUGGACAAUAACCUCAGUUACCUACGUGAAUUGAUACGGUUGAUGCUGCCAGAUUUCUACAAACACCUAGAGAAGCACGUGGACGCCAUGGAAAUGCUGUUUUGUCAUCGUUGGAUACUUCUAUGUUUCAAACGCGAAUUCACGGAGGCGGUAGCGCUCCGCAUGUGGGAAGCGUGCUGGGCCAACUACCAGACGGACUACUUCCAUCUGUUCCUGUGCCUGGCCAUCAUCGCGGUCUACGCCGAUGACGUCAUCGCGCAGGACCUCAACACCGAUGAGAUGCUGCUACAUUUCAGCUCGCUAGCUAUGUAUAUGGACGGACGCCUAAUUUUACGGAAGGCUCGCGGGCUCCUCCACCAGUUCCGUCAGCUGGUCCGGAUCCCGUGCACCCUGGUGGGUAUGUGCCAACGCUGCGGACCAGGGAUCUGGGACUCCACACACAGGCCCAGUGUGGAGUGCACCGGCGCGCAUGACAAAUGCGCCUAUACCGUGCAGUAGAGUGAUAAAUAAAAUGAUCAUUCUGAUAGUAUCGACAACCCAUCAUUCUAUAAAUCAAGAGUUUUAUUUCGAGCGAAAUAAAGAUGUCAGUAAUGAAUUUGGCAUGUGAAAGGUGGAUUUGAUGUAUGCUUCUGGAGUUAUUGUCACUUGUGGACGGUGCGAUGAAUGCCACAGGAGAGUAUAACGUGUGAGAAAAGGCUUUGUAGAUCUUGUUUUGGUAUGUUCAGGAUUUGAGCUGCUUGAGAUAUAAUAAAAUCAUAUACUUGGAAUAUGCACGACUAAGUCUUAAGCUGGUGACAGGCAUUGAAGCAUGUUGCACAUUUUAUAUUUUGAUUGGCUGGAAUGUUAUGUGGUUAUAAAGAUAUAAGCCAUUUCCAAUUUGUUUGCAAUAUUGUCAAAUUAUGUAGUUAUAAAACCAGUUGUUAUUUGAGAGUGUUAUUUUAUUAGUCAAAUUUCCUAAUUUAUGGACGUGCAUAUAUGCUUUGAAGAAAGAAGAAAGACAAACUUAUAUUUGAUGUACAAAUUAAAUAAAAUUGUAUACAAUUUUGCUUUAGUACAAAUGGGACAGUAUUAACUAACCAAAGAAAUGUUUGUCAUUUUAAUAAGUAAAUAAAUAUUGAUUGAUCCAAAUGAGAUGGUGGAUAGAUAAACUAAUUGGAUAUUCAGUUUGGGUUGAAUGAUUUAGAAUUGAUUCCUCUAAAAGAGGUAACAUAUCAGAGGGAAUAAUAUUGUGUUAUUUGUUGAAUGUGUAAUAAAAUAAUCAUUAUAUUAACAUGUUAUUAGAACUCUCAAUCUUAUUUUAAUUAGAUGCCAUGUUGUUGUCAAAAAUAUUAUACGGAAUAUCGAUAAUCGUAUUCGAUUGACAGAUUACAUAAGUACCUGUUACUCCAGUAUAUUAAUGUAAAUAUUUUAAUGACUGGCUACACCAGACAUUUUAGAUUAACAACGCAUUCAGCCUAACGCAGAGGUGCCCUGUUUUCUUAUUAUCGAUCUAUAAGCGAUCACUUAAUUACAACUAGAAAACUUAUCAGUUGUCAUCAAAUACAGCAUUUCUAUAAAUAGAGGAAAAUCAAUAAAGGCGCUGUGUCCUUUUGGAUGGUAACACUUGAUGUUUAUCAAUCAAUUUUGGUCAUACUUUUUAUAGACAGACUGUACAGGAAGAGUUUUAAAAAUACAUAUUUUUGGGUUUAUAUAGUUGAUUUGGUUGCUCAUUAUCGCUUAUAGUUUUGUAUAAGGUAAAACGACAAUUAAACCGUGUUCUGUAAAUAAAAUGUCGAAAGUAAUUAAUAGUGCAGCAUUAAUUAUGAAAUAACCUGUGUCUAGACCACAUCGUUUAUAGUUUAGAAUGGCGCUUGCUCUUCAUUAAAUCCAGAAUUUCUGAGACGAUGCUGUUAAUUGGAUUGCAUAGGUAUUGUGUAUUAUAAAUGUUAUUGUAUAAAUUGUACUUCUUUUAAAGUUGUGCCCAUCCCUACUGUGUUGCUUUUAUAAUACCUACUUUAGGAUAAGGCACUAUACUUAUCUAAAUAUAAAUUGUAACAACUCUGUCAAAAGUCUGUUAAAAUUAUCAUAAUUUAUUUUAUUCAAAAACCGACCCAUCAAAGGCAAAUUUUACCAGGCUUGCAUAAAAUAGAUAACAAAUACAUAUAUUUACAUGUUCAACAAUAGUUAGCAUUUUGUGAAUAGGAUACAUUUAUUUUCGCAUAUUGUGAAUUUUUACGCGUACUGUGAUAUAUCGAUCUGCUUGUAUUAUAACUAUUGUGUAAAUGACAUUGAGUGGGAAUUAUAAAUAAAAUAGUCAUAUUUAAAUAGAAAUAUAUGUGCGAGCAAUUA